AUGCCAAACGAAUCAUUCUCAUUUGCUUUGGAUGCAGUUCGUAAGCAAUCCUCAAGGUUGGACUCAAUUCAAGAUCAUUUAUCUGGAUCACUGAGAACACCGGCAUCAGAAGGAGAAGAUGACGCAAAGACACAAGAACUCGUUCGUGUUGAAUCUAGUUUUAAUUCUCAGAUUACACAAUCUAAGAGUUUGUUGGAUCAGAAGCAAUUGAAUGAAGCUUUGAAUACUCUCAGCUCGUCACGUCUAUCGAAUGAAUCAAGUAUACUCUUGCUACCACAAAGCAAUGGACAAGUAGACGUUGCUUCUGAUCAAGUUGCUUUAUUUGAAUUGAUUUCUGCUGCAAGGCUUACUUAUUCGGUGUAUGGAUUGGUACUGGAUGACUUGCUCAACCAAGCUGAAACAGUGAACGAUCAAGCUUGGUAUUGGACAGAGGUGGAGGAAGAUCCCAUACAAACAAUUACCUAUCUCGUUCAAACACUUCCAGAGAGAAUAAUCAAUCUAGCAGUCGCGAUUGGGAAAAAACUUGGCGAAACAACACUUGCGCCUCUUUCUUCGGCCAGUCAAGAUCGAUCCUUGUCUCACGAAGAGCGUCACAGACGAGCAGAGCUAUCGUUUAAUACCGAAACAUUACGUCGAUCAUGGAACAUCAUCCGUGAAUCGCCCGUGCUUGCAAUUGGAGCAUUAUUCCCGCUUUCGGUGAAUGAAGACACGAGCAGCGCAAGUAACAGUUUCGAAACAUUCAAUCGGAAAAAGAAGAGCAAAAAGCCACAGCUCGUUUCUGCUGCUCGUAUCCUUACCCCAUUAGGCUUGACCCGUCACGAAGCCAGAAGCAAGAGAGGUAAGUUGAUUAAGCAAAGGGAUGAGAUGGCCAUUAAAGUAGGAACAUUAUCGCAAGCACUAUCCGAAGUUGAUGCGCGGGAUACAAAGAACAUCAGCGCAGUAGAUCUCCAGAAUGAGCUAUGGGAAAGAGUGAAGGAGAUGCAAAAUGCUCUUCAAGUGCAAGACACAUCAGAAGCUUCCACCAGUAGCAGCAAAGAUCUAAGCAGCUCUCUACAUGAGCUUGUAAACUAUCAGAUAUCUCAACAGAGGAAGCAUGUCGAUUUUCUUUUGUCAAGUGCUCCAGUGGGACUUGGUCUGCCUACCCGAUUAGCACGUCUGUGGCCAGCGCUUGUAUUGGGACCAGUUGUUUCACUUGUUGCGAUACGGUUGGUGACCCGCAGCUGGGACACAAUCGUGGCCAAAGCACAAGAUGCGCGGGAAACUGUGAAAGGAUUCGCUGUGAAUUGGGUCUAUGAUCCUUGCAUAAAACUGUUGGACACAAUCAGAACUGGAGAUCAAGAAGGUAUGAUUAUCUCACCCGAAAGCUUGAAUUCUGAUUUGCAAAGUUUGGAGAGAAUGGUAUCCGAUUUCAGUGCGGAAAAGUAUGGUAUCUCUGGACCUGAGUUGGAUGAAGUGGCAGCAAGGGUACGAGAAGGAGAUUUGACAACCGUUUUGCGUAUCUAUGAAACCGAAUUAAAAUCUCCCUUGAAAUCAGCCAUUAGCGGAUCAUUGAUUCGAUCACUUUUGAUUCAAAUUCAAAAAGUCAAAGUGGAUAUCGCAGUGGCUAUGCGCGGUGUUGAUCAAUUAUUGAAAUCUCAACAGCUGUUGUUUGGAGCGAUCGGAAUUGCACCUGCUAUGGGAAUCCUGUAUAUCGUUGGAGGUUUCUUCAAGACGAGAGUUUCGAUCGCUUUGGGCGGUCAAGGUAAACGUAUUGGUCAAAGCGUUCGUUAUCGUGCUUGGGAGGCAAUGCGUAGGAUUGAUCGCUUGUUGGCCGAUACAGAUUUGGCUUCAGGACCUUUGCCGCCGCUCACACAAGGAUUGCUUUUGUUGGAUUUGGCAUUGUUACGUAGACUUGCACCCCAAUUGGUUGCACAAGCAGCAGGUGCAGGAUCCGGCAACCGCGGAACCCGUGCAAAACGUCUACGUGCUGAAUUCUUGAACGAUAUUCGUGAUUUGGAAAGUUGGCAUGCAAGAAGGGCAGCAGUUGAUCGAAUGUGGAAAAGUUGGGGUCACUUUAUGUCUCUAAGCACUUCUUCCUGAACGAUGUACCAUGUGUAAUCAAUACAGCAUUAUAGUGAAAAAUAAAGAAUGUAUACAUGUCAAGAAUGGAUGGGAUUAAUCGCGUCUAAAGAUGGAAAUUUGACGUUUACGUUCAACGUUAUUUUUAAUUUGAUCAGGAACCCCUGUUUGUGAAUUAUCUUCUUCCUCCGCGAUGGAUGUGAAGGAGGCAAAGCUUUGACCGUCUGGUCUGCUGAGCAAAUUUCUGAAAGGCGAUAACAAGGAUUUAUUGCCAUGUUGCGCAGAGAUAUUGGAAGGAAUACCCGGGUUUGCGAAACCGUAGUUUGACUCUGAUUUCUCAGACAUGGGUGAAGAUGGAAUACCAAAAGUGUCACGGCUCACAACCGAUUCAUUUGCCUGGAAACUGCUUUGGAAUGAUUUGGGUGAAUUAUCGGUUACGGAACCGGUUUGAAUCAAUUCGAAGCCAUUUGUACUGUUUUGCGUUGG